AUGUCCACCGCGGGAGUCGCUGCCCAGGAGAUCCGCGUGCCGCUGAAGGCAUUUCUGCACGAUGGCCAGGCCCUGGGGAGCCUGAACGCAUGCUGGGGCCGCCGCCGGGAGCUGGGGAAUAACUUCCUGAACAUCCACCCGAUCGCCAUGGCCUACAACCUGAAGGCGACCACUCAGGCCCACCUGACGUCUCUAGGGCGCGCCUCGGCACCUGCCCCGACCAGCGGCCACCGCCUCGCUGAGCACGGCCCCUCUCAGAAGCCCAGCCUGCCCCCGCUCGUCCUGCCCCCGAGCGAGAGCGCGGGGCCCCUCGACGAGGACCCGGUGGUGUGUGGCUUUAAGAAACUGUCGGUCAAUGGGGUGAGUGCCCCCACGCCCCCGCUCACGCCCAUGAAGAGCGGCCCGUCCCCGGUGCCCUGCAUGGCGGGCUCCCGGCCGCUGCCCCCGCUGCCCAUCUCCGAGGGCCACUCGCUGGACGACACGGACUGCGAGGUGCAGUUCUUCACCUGCUCCGACACGGCCUUGCUCCUGGAAGACGGCGCGCCCCCCGAGUUCAAGCCCGGCGCGCCGGGCCGGCGGAGCUUCCGCGGCUGCGGGCAGAUCAACUACGCCUACUUCGAGACCCCGACCGUGUCCGUGGUGGACCUCAGCCAGGCCGCCGAGCAGACGGCGGGGGCGCAGCCCUCGGAUCUGCCCGCGCCGCAGAGCCACCGGCGGCUCCGGCGGUCGCACUCGGGCCCCGCCGGCUCCUUCCACAAGCCGGCCGUCAGGGUGCACGGCCACGUCCCCCGAGCCUCCCCCCACCCCGACACAGACAAGCCCGAGGUGCCCCCGCGGGUCCCCAUCCCCCCGCGGCCCGUCAAGCCCGAUUACAGACGGUGGUCGGCGGAGGUCACGUCCAGCACCUACAGCGACGAGGACAGGCCCCCCAAAGUGCCGCCCAGGGAGCCCCUGUCACGGAGCAACUCCCGCACCCCGAGCCCCAAAAGCCUUCCGUCUUACCUCAACGGCGUCAUGCCCCCCACGCAGAGCUUCGCCCCCGACCCCAAGUACGUCAGCAGCAAAGCGCUGCAGAGACAGCUCAGCGAGGGCUCCGCCAGCCGGGCGCCCUGCAUCCUGCCCAUCAUCGAGAACGGGAAGAAGGUCAGCUCGACGCACUACUACCUACUGCCCGAGCGGCCGCCCUACCUGGACAGAUACGAGAGGUUCUUCAUGGAGGCCGAGGAGGCGAGCGCCAGCUCCCCGGCGCAGCCCUUCCCCGCCGACGGCGGCCUCGCCGCGGCCCCCGGGCCCAGGGCGGGCGUGGGCGGCCCCGGGAAGCGGAAACACUUGUCCUACGUGGUCUCUCCGUAG